UUCAUCUUUCCAUCGCUCUACUACCGAGUCUUUACUUCUAUUUCCUUCCUUUCUCUUGGAACGAGGACACCCUUUAGUUCCACCAUGGCUGGACCAGUUCCCCCACAUGACCCUGGUAUUGAGGAGAAUAAACUACGUCUUCUGAAGCAUUUCGGUGGGGAGGGGCCUCCUGCGAACGACCGCUGGGCGGCCUUGUGGGAUGCGGGAGACUUUCUUCCCUGGGACCAAGGCGUGCCGAAUCCCGCGCUUGUCGAUGUCAUGAGGGACCGUCAGGAUCUCGUUGGAGACAGUGUCCUCGUCGAUGACGGAGGCGAGCGCCGUCGUAAGCGCGCACUUGUCCCAGGAUGCGGCCGUGGCUAUGACGUCCUUCUCCUAUCAAGCCUAGGCUACGACGCGUACGGCUUGGAGGUGUCAUCCAAGGCAGUGCAGGAGGCCCAAUCGUGGGCAGCACAGCAUUUGGAUGACUAUCCCGUGCGUGACGAGUCGAUCGGUCGUGGAAAAGCCCAGUUCAUCGCGGGGGACUUCUUCGACGACGCGUGGGUCGCGCACGCUGAUGGUGUCGGAAAAUUCGACUUCAUAUACGACUACACGUUUUUCUGCGCCCUGGCCCCUUCGCUCCGCCCAGCAUGUGCAUUACGGUUUUGCAGCCUUCUUGCAUCCCUUCCUGGCAGUGUCAUGAUCUGCGUCGAGUUUCCGACUUUCAAGACCCUGUCCCAAGGUGGACCGCCAUUUGCAAUGCCUUCAUCCGUCUAUGUCGCACAUUUGGGUCAUCCCGGACAGGAAAUCCCGUACGAGGAAGCGGGCAUACCGAAGGAGCGCUGUGAGGGAGGGGGGCCUGGCCUACAGCGGGUUGCACAUUGGAAGGCCGUGCGAUCGCAUCCCAUGGGAAGAGAUACGGACUGGGUCAGCGUAUGGAAGCAUGCAGUCUGAGUGCAGAGCAGUUAACUGGCCCGGCGAUCAGCAAAUUGAACCUUGUUGUAUCCAGUAGGAUGACAUGGGGAGCGCGCUCUAACUAUUAUUUGCAUCCAUUGACUGCUUAACCGUGCUAUCGAGUAAUUUAAAUGAUAUAGGCGGUUGGCCAGUAGAUUCCAG